GCCGAGUUGAUAUUGGUUUACUACGCUCGUUACGGCUUAGUCUGAGAAAGUCAAGAGAGCUAUCUGAUUGGCUGUCCGUAUUCUUCCGGACUAGCGUUGUUAAAGGCCUUCGCCCGGGAAGAUAGCAUCCUUUCCAUCGACACUUCCUUCCGAACCUAUCUGCCAACUAUGGCUUCAGACGUACAGAUAACUCAUUCCGGGAGAUUCGCCUAUUGAUGGUGGCUAUAUUAUAACCAUGUACGCACCCACAAUUAUCGUUCCUGUAUCGCCUUUCGAGUUACGACUCGCUCACGGAACAUUUUUUACUUGUGCGCUUGCGCCAGGGCCAUACUAUCAUGUCUCCUUUUUUCCGUCAUGAAGAUGUUCACAGUACCGCCAUGUGGCCCCCUGGGACGGUGCGGCUUGAGGAUAUGGCUGCGGCGGCCAAGAAAGAUAUCAUCUUACAGCCAAGACCAUCCAGUGACCCUAACGAUCCCCUGAACUGGUCACUCCAGCGUAAAUACUGGAAUUUUGUUCUGGUCUGCCUAUACGUCGCAAUGGUUGCAGAGUUCAUCAACGCUUCAACUCCAACAUGGGGGCCAAUGAACGAAGAGCUAGGCUACAGCUACGAGAUCUUGAACGACAGCUACGCAGCGGGCUGCGCCGCUCUGGCACUCGGUUCUCUCAUCCUCAUACCGUUUGCUCUCAAGUUCGGUCGUCGGCCCCUGUACCUCUUCAGCACGGUCCUACAGUUCGCUCUCAGUAUAUGGUCCGCCAAGAUGCAGACGGUCGCCGACCUGAUGCUUAUCAACAUACUGCAGUGCUUGUUCGGAAGCUUGGCUGAAGCCAUUGUCCAAAUGACAGUUGCCGACGUCUUUUUCGUGCAUCAACGGGGCAGGAUGAAUGCUAUUUAUGUUUGGGUGUGGUUGGCAUGCAGCUAUCUGGGGUCGUUCAUCGCUGGAUAUGUCGCACAAGGCGAAGGAUGGAGGGCGAUCUGGUGGUGGAAUACCGGCUUUUUCGGUAUCAUCGUUUUCAUCGUCGCGUUCGGAUACGAAGAGACCAAGUAUCGCCCGAGCGCCCCCUCUUCACUUGCAUUGGACGCCUCUCCGCCGUCGACUCAUGUCCACAGCUCAGAUCUCGCUCAGGCCGUCAACUCGUACGACAAGAUGGACGUGGCGGAUACGAAGCCGCCGGUAGAUACGCAGACGAAGACCGACUCGAGCCAUGAUCCAGCUCAAGCAGUCGAAGAAGGCUCGUUGCAAAAUGUCCAUUCUGUCAUGAUUGACCCCAACAUUCCGAGAAAGACUUACUGGCAAAGACUGGCAAUCACGACCUCGACUUCGUCCUCAGGCGAAAGUAAUCAAGCAUUUCUGAGACAUAUGUACCAGCCACUGAUUCUACUCUUCACCAUACCUGCCAUAACAUACGCAGCUUUGGUCUACGGUAUCCUCGUUGGGCUGGGAGACGUCAUGUCAACUACUAUGUCAACGUUCUUGACUGAGCCUCCUUACAACUUUUCCUCAGGCCACGUCGGUCUCAUGCAUCUGCCCCGGGUGAUCGGUGUCACGAUUGGUGCUGCCAUCGGCGGCCCCUUAAGUGAUUGGACGAUCUUGUAUCUUUCUCGCCGAAGGAAUGGUAUCUAUGACCCCGAGCUGCGACUCUGGGCCAUCAUACCCUUCCUGCCAUUUGUUCCCGCAGGUGCGCUCAUGUUUGGCAUCGGUCUUAACAACGGUGCUUCCUGGCCGAUCAUUGCUGUUGGGCUGGUCUUGUACAACAUUGGUGUCACUCCGAUCAACAGUAUCAUUGUGACAUAUCUGACCGAUUCGUACAGAGAGGUUAUCGGCGACGCAAUGGUCGCGGUUACUGUGGUCCGCAACUCUUUCAGCACUGCCUUCAUCUUCGCCCUUACUCCAUGGAUCGCGGUGGUCGGGGUCAAGUGGGUCUUCGUCACUAUUCUUUUGAUUGCAUGCGCCAUCUUGAUGGCUUCCGGCGUCUUUAUCAGAUGGGGAAAGACCUUUCGACACAUGUUUGCCCCAAGAUAUGAGUAUUAUGCUCUCCGGCAGUACAAGGAGAGGUAACCAAACAGGGUUGGACUGUCAGUCUAGAAGAAAAAGUGAGAAGACUCAUGGUCGCAUGAUUCAGCGCGCCAGCGUUAUUAGCAGUAGUAUUAUCCCAAGAACAGAAUAAGGAGCUACGUUACUAUUCUAUAGACCAAGUUCGAAUAUAUGAUAGCCCUUAGUUGGCUUGCUGGGACUCACC